UCUGGCAGACGACAGUAUCAUUACUGCCGCGAAAUGGGUCGCACGUGGUUAACUUUGUUUGUCGUUGCGACAACGUUUGCUUUGUCUUGUGCAGACUACAGUAAUGUAGGCCAGUAUAAUUCUUACAAGAAGAAGGAGUCUUACGGCAGCUACCCUCUUUAUGGAGGACAACAAAGUCAAGGAUACAACAAUAACCAAUAUUACGGAUCACAAAGUCAUAACAACGACUAUGAUUAUGGCAAAAACAGCUAUGACAAAAAAGACUAUGGCAAAAACGAUUAUGACUAUGGAAAAAAAGAUUAUGGAAAAGACUACGACAAAAAAGACUACGGGUAUGAUAAAAAAGAUAGCAAUCGCGGUGGUCGUAGAGGAGGUCGCUCUGACUCGAGUCAUUUUGGCCUUGCUCGAGAUUUAGUUAUCUUGAAAACUGCAAUGGAUUUAUACGGAGACGGACAAGGAUAUGGAGGUCGAGGCGGAUCUAGAGGUGGUCGUGACGGAGGAUAUGGAUCUGGCGGCUACGACAAUAAAGGAAAGAAGGAUUAUGGGUACGAUGAUUAUAAAGACUAUGACAAAAAGAAAGAUAACAAAUAUGAUGAUUAUAAAAAGAAUGAUUAUAAAUAUGAGGAUGAUUAUAAAAAGAAAGAUUAUAAAUAUGAAGAUGAUUAUAAAAGGAAAGAUUAUAAAUAUGAUGAUGAUAAAAAGAAAGAUUACAAACAUGGAAACAGUCAUGCCUUUGGAUCCUCAAACAUUUUUGGAGCGGAUGAUCGUUUUGGUGGAAUUGGUAUUGGACAACAGGGUGGAUUUGGUGGAAUUGGCGGUGGGCGUUUUGGUGGAGGAGGAGGAGGAGGAGGAGGAGGAGGUGGACUAGUUGGUGGAUUUGGUGGUGAACCUGCUGGUGGAUUUGGAGGUAGACAUACUGGUGGAUAUUAUGGAGGUGGACCUCUUGAUGGAGCAGGAGGUUUUGGUGGUCGUGGGCCAGGAUUUGGAGGUGGACCUCUUGGUGGAGGAGGCGGUUUUGAAGGUCGUAGGCCAGGAGGAAUUGGAGGUGGUUCCGCUGGUGGAGGUCAAUGGUUUUGUAGCUGUAAACCAUUUUGUGAAUACAAUGAAAAAUUCGUCAAUGUGUGCCCACACUUUAAAUGGUGGAAAGUUUGCUGUAAAUGGUUGCCUCAUCACAAGAAAAAAUAUGACCACAAACCUAAAACCGACUACAAGCCACAUGACAACUAUAAACCAAAAUAUGAUGAUAAAAAGAAAAACGAUUAUAAAAAAUAUGACGACUACAAACCACAAUAUGGCAACUCACAAAAUUAUGGCUACACGCAAAAUUAUGGCCACACACAAAAUUAUGGCUACACACAAAACAACGACUACAAGAAAAAGUACGACAACUACAAACCAAAGUAUGACAACUCAUAUUAAUCUAGUUAAGAUAUAAGCAGUUCACAGGACAUACAUUGGAAUCUACAGAUAGAAGAAUGGUUAAGGAGUAGCUGAUUUUUUUUACAAUUAAUUAAAAUAAAAAGUCCUGAAAAAAGUGAAUUAUGACAACUUAUACAAUGUAUGCAUUUAGAUAGAAUGAAACUUUUGAAGGAAACAAUGUGAAACGACAACUUUAGGUUUACCACCAAAAACAAUAAGUAGUUUUGUGAUCGACUCCAAGUUUUUAACUAUGAUAAAAAAAAUAUGUCUGUGAUAUUUUGAUAACAUCUUUGUAAACUUUCAUUAAAAUACUUAAUCCAGUAA